AUGGGCGCUGUUGUUUCUUGCAUCCAAGGUGUUCUGGGAUCCAUAGGGGCUUGUCUCAUGGCUAUCACCAGUACCAUUGGGGCUAUUCUCACCUCCAUCGUCAGCGGAAUUGUGUCCAUAUUCAACGCUAUAAUCUCUUGUCUGACCUGCGGCGGCUGCUCCAGGAGGAGAAGGGGGGGCCUGGCAACGCAUACCACCGGUAGACGCCGGCACGGAUUAACGAGGACGAGGGUUUAG